UUUUGGAAAUUAGAGUAAAGGAAGGGCCAGCUAUGAACACAAUGAAAAAUUUUGUAGCCCAAUUUCAGAAAAUAUAAAGCCCACUAGGUCUGCUUGAGAAACGGCGCCGUUUCCGGGAAGCAACGGUUUCGCUUAGAAGAAUUCUCUAGAACGAGGGUUAUUGAGAAACAGGUAGACAAGUCCGGUCCAGAGAGCAGGUCGCAAAGCGAGAGAAAGAUGUCGUCGUUUUUGCAGUCUUUUCUUGAUCCAAGGAAGAACUGGUUCGCAGCACAGCACAUGAAAACCCUCUCUAAACGACUUCGUAAAUACGGGCUGCGGUACGAUGAUCUCUACGAUCCUCACUACGAUCUGGACAUUAAGGAGGCGCUGAGGCGGUUGCCGAAAGAGGUCGUCGACGCUCGUCACCAGCGUCUCAAGCGUGCCAUGGACCUUUCCAUGAAACACGAGUACCUUCCUGAAGAUCUUCAGGCCAUGCAAACUCCAUUUAGGAGCUAUCUUCAAGAUAUGCUGGCCCUUGUUAAAAGGGAGAGAGCAGAACGUGAGGCUUUGGGAGCAUUGCCUCUCUACCAGCGCACAAUUCCUUAAGCAUCUUAGUGUGUCACAUAGCUAUAACUAUCUGAGUGGUAUUUUAAAUGAAUAUCAGAAUUCAGUUUCAAUCAUUUGUGCCAGUGUUUCGUUAGAGAUACUGAUUCGUUGUGAUUCACUGGCCUUUUUCCAAUAAGUAUGAACAACCAAACUUAUGGCUUCUAUUAAAUGUUCCCUUCCGGUAUAAUUUCUCUAUAUGCUGUGUUGAAUUUGUAGACUUUAAAAGCUUAUAAAAAUUGAUGUCAAGAUUUAUAUCUUUA